UUCCAGUCCCUGGAUGCAGUGUGACUCCCCCUUCUCCAGGUGUCGUGAUUUCCCACGAUGGACUGUAUGCCCUCAAACUGUAAGCCAGAAUGAACUUCACUUAGGUUGCCUCUUGUUAGGCCUUUGUUAAAUUUUCUUAAUUUCCUAAAUCUUAUGAGGUUCCCUGUCCUUCCAGGAGAGGAUGUUUCAUUUAGGAGAAAAUAACUACAUAAUACUAUUGUACUUAUUAGAGUCCAUGCAUAGGUCAACACCAUAUACACAACACACACAGAUACUGUCCAUCACACACACACACACACACACACACACACACACACACACACACAGAGCUAACCUAAAAGAGCUCAUUACUUCGAUGAUAGUGCAAAAUACAAGGGAAAGAAAGUAAGAACAAUACAUGUAUCUGCCUAGAUAAACCAUAGAAGGAAGAAAUCAAGAUAUGCUGGAAUUCAAUCAAGCAUUAAGAAGCAGCGUAAGAAAAAAAUGUAAAUGAAUUUGUGACUAUAACGCCGCCUGUUUUGUCCUUUUUUGGACACGAGUUAACUUUCACUGAGAACAUGAUAAGGAGUAUCUGCUUGCCAUUCACAUUAUGGAUUGCACAAAGCUCUAAACUUUCAUCCACUUUACGGAACUAAGUGGAGGAGGCUGUGAUCUUGCCAAGGGUAACACUGUGAGUUUAAAAACAUGUUAGACUAGCAGGGCGUGGUAGCCCAUGCCUUUAAUCCCAGCACUCCGGAGACAGAGGGGCAAGGGAGCAGAGGAGGGCAAAGGGGCAGAGGGACAGAAGCAAGCCGAUCUCUUGAGUUCGAGGCCAGCCUUUUCUACAGAGUGAGUCCCAGGACAGCCAGGGCUACCCAGAGAAACUCUUUCUCAAACAAACAAACAAGCAAGCAAGCAAACAAACAAACAAAAACAUGGAAGACUGAGGAUGUAGCUCAGGGGUAGAAUGCUUGCUUGAGUUUGAUCCGAUUACCACAUUCCCAACCGUUACCGCUACACACUCCACAGCGCUCUAAAAAGGGUUGCCGAGGGGCCCCGCCCCGGAACUUCUGGGAAGCUCCGCCCCUCGUUUCCCAGGCCGGGCUCCAGUCAAGAGCGCAACUGGCGGAAGUGACGACAUCAAAUGCGCGUCAGGCUCCGGUGGGGUCGAGUCCGGUAGCGGUGGCGGGUACUUGCUGGCGGUUUGGGUAGGCUUCUGCGGUCGCGUCAUUUUCUCCGCAGUGCCCAGGUGUGAGAUGACCUCUGCAUAGCAUGCUACAAAUUUUCGUCUUAUAUAAUCAACCGCUUCGGUAAACUCAUUUGACAAAGUGAUCGGGAUAAAUCUCUGGCGAUACUUUGGACGUUAAAUCCAGCCUUUAUUAUCUUUGGGCUCAACUAAAGCAGAAACCCCUGAAAUUGAAUUUUCAGUCUUCAGUUUUCUCAGAUUUCUCUGCUCUUGACAAAGGAGACCUGUGUUAAUUUGCUCCUGCUUUGUGGAAGAUCUGGCCUCUCAAAAGGAGCAUCACUGUUUUAUGGUGUGUGAAGAUAACCCAGAAAAUAAAAGAAGUUUCUAAGGAGAAUUUGCAGAGGAUGCUCUAGAUAAAAUCCGAGUACUGAAGAAAGUGAGAAUCAUGGACCAGAACAACAGCCUCCCACCUUAUGCUCAGGGCUUGGCCUCCCCACAGGGUGCCAUGACUCCUGGAAUUCCCAUCUUUAGUCCAAUGAUGCCUUACGGCACAGGACUCACUCCACAGCCUAUUCAGAACACCAAUAGUCUGUCCAUUUUGGAAGAGCAACAGAGACAGCAGCAGCAACAGCAGCAGCAGCAGCAACAGCAGCAGCAGCAGGCUGUAGCAACUGCAGCAGCCUCAGUACAGCAAUCAACAUCUCAGCAGUCCACACAGGGUGCCUCAGGCCAGACACCACAGCUCUUCCAUUCUCAGACUCUGACCACUGCACCCUUGCCAGGCACCACUCCCUUGUACCCUUCACCAAUGACCCCUAUGACCCCUAUCACUCCUGCCACACCAGCCUCUGAGAGCUCUGGGAUUGUACCACAGCUACAAAACAUUGUAUCCACGGUGAAUCUUGGAUGUAAACUUGACCUAAAGACCAUUGCACUUCGUGCCCGAAAUGCUGAAUAUAAUCCCAAGCGGUUUGCUGCUGUCAUCAUGAGAAUAAGAGAGCCACGGACAACUGCAUUGAUUUUCAGUUCUGGAAAAAUGGUGUGCACAGGAGCCAAGAGUGAAGAACAAUCCAGACUAGCAGCAAGAAAAUACGCUAGAGUUGUGCAGAAGUUGGGCUUUCCAGCUAAGUUCUUAGACUUCAAGAUCCAAAACAUGGUGGGGAGCUGUGAUGUGAAGUUCCCCAUAAGGCUGGAAGGCCUUGUGCUGACCCACCAGCAGUUCAGUAGCUAUGAGCCAGAAUUAUUUCCUGGAUUAAUCUACAGAAUGAUCAAACCCAGAAUUGUUCUCCUUAUUUUUGUUUCUGGAAAAGUUGUAUUAACAGGUGCUAAAGUUAGAGCAGAAAUUUAUGAAGCAUUUGAAAACAUCUACCCCAUCUUAAAGGGAUUCAGGAAGACCACAUAGUGGCUGCCAUGUACCCCGCCUCCUCUACCCACUUGUUUUUUAAAACCAGUCAGUUUUGGUACCACUGAUGGUACAGUUGUGAGAAGAAGGACACUCUUCACAGGUGGCAGUGAAGUGACAUGUGUGUCCUGCUGCAGGAUACUGGAAAGGUUCCCUCCUCUGCACUGAGAUCACCUGCAGCAUCACUGUGAGUCGCUUGCUCUGUGCUGCUAUCUGGGCAGCACUGCCCACUUAUUUAUAUUAGAUUUUAAACACUGCUGUUGAUGAGUUUGUUGGUUUAAGGGACAGAACUUUAAGUGUUAAAGCCACCUGUACAAUUGGACUUUUUAUUUUAACUUUUCCCACAUAAGCCAGUUUUUAUAUUUCUACCAGAAAAAGUAAAAAUCUUUUUUUAAAAGUGUUGUUUUUCUAGUUUGUAACUCUAAGGAGUUAUUUUUGUGCCAGAUACAUUCCGCCUUCCCAGUAUUGCAGAACUGAAUAGUUGUAUUAAUCAAAACAAAUGUACAUACUUUUCUUUCUUCAGAGUACUCUGCACAAAAAAAAAAAAACACGCAGCUUGUAAAUUGUUAGAUUUUUGUUAUAAAUGAUACCUUGUAAGACAUGUGAUCAUACUGUCAAAGAAAUUUAUUUUAGCUAUAA